UCCCGCUCCCAGUCGAAACGCAAAGCUGUUCCUAAUCCCGUUACAGCGGGGAUCGGCCCCACCCCGCUCCCGUAACACCGGCUAUGACUGAAAGCGACGGACGGCCCUGCGCACGCGGCCCCGCCCCUUCCUGCAGCGCCUGCCCAAUGGGCGCUCAGGCCGCGGUUUAAGUGGUGGGGGCGGGCCGGGCCCAGAGUCGUUGGUGCCGCCAUGGGCAGUGCCGAGGGUGCAGAUUGGGUUGAUGUUGCUAAUGAUCUUUUAAGGACCUGUCACAUAAACCAGCACAUAAAGCAUCUCUCAGAAUGUGGUGCUGACCUGUUUGUUCGUCUUUAUGAGUCAAUCUUAGGAGAAAAAGUACCAGAUUUCAUUGCUACUCCCAGAAGCCAAGAGGAUGAUGCCCAUAAUGUACAAGCAGUAAUAGAUUCCCUGGCAUUGGACUAUUUGCAGGUCAGCUUGUCUCACAUCACAGGUGAGAACAUUGUGAAAGGAGACAGGGAAUCUAUCAAAAACCUCCUUGAAAUAUUUGAUGGUUUGUUGGAGUAUCUUAGAGAAGUCAGUGAAACAUCUUCUCAGGCUGGAGCUGAGAGAAAUGUGCUGUCCAGUGAUGAAAUUCAAAUUGCAUCUCAAGAGCAGCUGGAAAGCACUGCUGAUCAACUUACAGAACAUACACUAUCAUCAGUUGAAAGGUCCCAGUCAGAAUAUUUUAUUCUAACUUGUGAUACAGAUGGCUCAGGAUCUACCAGUGAAUUAAUUAAACUUGGAGAAACUGCUUAUUCAUUUUCCAAGAGAGGGGAAGCAGAAAAGGACACGGAGGUGGAAGAAUCUGAAAGCACAGAGGCUCUUGCAGCAUUGCCCAGACAGUUCUCAGAAAGUGAAAGGGGGACUGUAAAUGAAAGGGAAGAUGGAAGGAUGGAGUCUGUUCAUGCUGCUGAACCUCACCAAGGGAGUUUGAGUGUCAGUGCUACCAAACUGGGGGAGCCCAUCCAGCAGGCAAUUCCUCUGCUGCCCCCGUUCCAGCCCUCGGAUCCGGCAUGGAGAGAUUACCAGAGCUCAGACAGACAGGCAGCAGCCCUGGCUUGCAGUCAAGCACUGAACAUUCCUACUAUUGAAAAGCCACUUACCCAAAAAUUUCAUGAUGUUUCUGAUGGUCUUCCUCUAUCCAGAAAAAUCCCUGUAGGCACAGUGCCUUUAACUCACACUUGCCUGUCAUCUGCUUCUGCAGUGGGAGAAAUGCUGGGAGGUGAUGCCAAGGACAAAGUGACAAAGGUGCCUCUGGUAUCUGAGUCUUCUAUAUCCACCUCUUGUGAGGAAAAGCUCUCACUAUGUGCUGAACAAGUAACACAAACCCCAAGACCUGAGUCUCAGCACUGGCCUAGAACAGCAAGCAAAUAUGAAAAUUCCACCACAGAUUCAGCUGAAGAUUCACUUUCCCACAGAACAACAAAGGAGAAGGUGCCUAAGCAGCAAGAGUUUCAUGAAGUAUCAGAAAAUCUGUCUCGCAGGCUGAAUGAACUGGAUUUGAUGCUGAAGAGAGCUUUGGGUGAGCACACGAGAGAAGGGGAGGUGACAGAUGAGGACAGCCUGUCCCACCACAGUGACAGUGUCAUGGACUAUGGCCGAAGGACAGCUGGGAGAGACACAUCACAGCCAAGGUACCCAGGCAGGCCACGGUCCCUCUCUCCAGCCUCACCCUUGUCCCAGCACCAGGAACAGAAAUGGAGGGGCAGAGGAACAGGCCAGAUAAAGGCAAUCCGCAGCCACCUGCAGGGAGAGAGGGACAAAAGAACAAGAAAAGCAAAGUUGGUCACUAAAGCUUAUGAAGAUGAGCUAAGAAUUUUUGAAGCGAGGGAGAAGCUCAGAAUUUCCAAGCUCAGAGAAGCUGCCAAGGCAAUGGAACAAGAGUACAAAGAAAAUGUCUUUCAAGAACCUCCAAAAGUGUCUCAGCGAGUGAAAGUUUAUUCUAGAAAAACCACACCUCAGUAUCCCAAACACAGCCAGUGGAUUCCAAAACGAGGGAUCAUGAAGCCAAAGCAAGCAGCUCCAAUGACAAUAAGAGACAAUGAUCUCCUCCUGCAGCUCCUGGAGGAGUUUCCCCACCUGCACAUUUCCUCUCGUACUCUGAAUAAAAUGUGGCAGCAGCAGCUUGCACAAACUGAGCACCUCAAGGCACCCUCUGCCAGACCUAGACCAAAACUCCAGAAUGAAGUUGAGCAAGCCUUGAAGAAACAUGAGCUGCUUGCUGCCAUUAUUAAGAGAGAUCAAGAUCACAGCAAGAGACUGCAAGAAGUCAAGCAGCGCAUCCAGCGCCAGAAGUGGGCUCAGAACAAAGUGACCGAGAGGCGGCAGCAGGUGGCGCGGGCCAGGAAAUACUACGAGGAUUACAGGGUGCAGCUCCGGGCCAAGCUGCUGCGGGCCAGGACACGCGAGGAGAGGAUAUUUAAAAACUUAUUUGAAGAAGGCUUAGAAAUUCAGAAGCAAAGACUGAGGGAGCUGAGAGUUUAUGCUCGAGAGAAACGGGAUGAGCAAUGGAGAGAGCACCAGACUGAGCUGGAGUCCCUGGAGAACUACUACAGAGAUCAGUUUUCCAUGCUAGCAGAAGCUAUAUCUCAAGAAUUCCAAGAAAUCCAAACCAGAGAGAAAGCACAAGCACAAAUGCUGCAAAAAUCAAAAAGCGAAGUGAGAUCAAAGAUGGAAAAGGAAAUACAGCAACUGCAAGCAGCAAUCAUGCACAAUGAUGAUGACACCUUUUUUCAAGAACUAGAGGCAGACAGACUGAGAUCCAGACUUCAGAUGGCUUCCUUCCAGUACAGCCAAAGCCACUUCUUCUGAGACUUGGGAAGAUGCUGUAGCUUUGCUGAGUUUUGAGAGCAGUCUGUUCAUCUGUUCACCAGUGCUGAGAUGAAGUCCUUGCCAAGCCAUGGCAGUACCUGAGAGCCAGAAGUCAGACCUGUUGUGUUUGACUAGAACAUUGAGCACACCCCUCACUGGAGGUAACAGCAUGUAGGAAGUCACCAAGUUUCAAAUAUUUUCUCCUGAAACAAAGUCGAGUUACUUAAAAAUGACAUUGUUACAUUUUAAAGAUUUAAUGAAGAAAAACUUUAAAUUUUUAAAACCAUUGAUGCUGUGACAGUGCAAACAGCAUACAAUUUAUUGCUCAACUUCUGCAUGGGUACAUACAUUAAGUACUUAAAAACCAUUUUAUACAGAUUUUUUUUUUUUGUUAAAGCUCAUGUAACAGCUGGGUGAAAAUACAAUGAUACCAAUGCUAAAACACUCUGUAAUAAAUACAAUGGAAAUGAUAAACUAAGAA